CUGCUAAAAAUAUUAUCCUGUCAAUAUUCUUAAUUCAUGUCAAAAAAUUUUCAUCGAUCGAAAUGUUUCGAGAAAUAGAUGAAUAUGGACUUAAACGUUCAGUGAGAGCCAGACGAAUGAUAAAAUCUCUAAUUCGCUUAGCUUUCUUCAAUAAGCACUGGUUAGAAGAUUAUGAAGUUGAUAUUUUUACAGCUACUGUCUUCAAAAAUGUGCGUGUAUUGACCACUAGAAAGAAGAUAGAUAGCUUAAUUAACCGUCAGCAGAAGGCAAUUCUCAACAAACUCGAAGAACACAGAACUGAAUCAGAGCAACAUUAUCUAAGCGUUGUACUUGGUGGAAUGAGGUGCUUCAAACGCUACCCUGAAAAAACUAGAAUGCAACUUGCGGCUGUAGCAAAUUUCGCAUAUUUCCCACCAAACAGACUUAUAUUACAAGAAGGAGACCCGCCAUAUGGUUGGUAUUACAUUCUCGCUGGAAAAGUCAGUGUGAAGAAACUCAAACACACGAUUGAUGGGCUAAAACAGAAAGAAGUAUCGACGUAUGUUAAAGGAUACACAUUUGGGGAAGUCUCAUUGUUACAUAAUACACCAAGAAAUGAGACUAUCACUUCAGUAACACACUGCGAAUUUCUCAUAAUAAAGAAGGCUGCUUUCAACACCAUCAUCCGAAAAACGGUCAUGCGUCACUACAACCUCAUUACCAGCUACAUGAAAGGACUCCCUUAUUUCGAUACUUCUGAUCCGAAUGAAAUAAUUGAAGCAUGUCUUGUCGCAAAAGUUAAAGAGUACGAACACGAUGAACUGAUAUUAGGAGAUGAUGUUGGAUACUCCCAAUACACAUACUUUGUGGUGGAAGGAAAAGUAAAAAUUAUUCAUCACCUUAUGUUCCUCGCCCCGUGGGAUAAAAAACUGAAAAAAUAUAAAUACGAACUGUAUGAUCCCUUCUCUGAUCCCCAAAAUAAAUAUUUCGUGAAGAAACUAGAAACCAUGGAUAUGGGAUUAGAAGGUUUAGAUGAGGAGUUUUCUUCGAAAGAAUAUCCCUGGGACACUCCAGCUCCUACGGUCGAUUACUUUCAACUGGAAAUGGUAAAAAGUUUACCAGAUGAUAUCCACACUUGUUUCAUCAGAAUUUAUACAGUAAGCAAGCUGGGUUGUUUUAAUCUAGGUGAGAAUUUAAGGCAUAGGUUUACGGUAUCAGAUGCACCAAAGACAGUUUGCCUUCUUUUACCGAGAUACUGGUUGUAUAAGAGAAAUAUUUCCUAUAUUUGGUCUAGAUUAGUUAAGCAUUUCAAUUUGAAAAUACCGAAUGCUCAAAUUAUUUUGGACCAAUAUGUGCAGAAACGACAGUGGGAACUCAAGAAAAGGAAAUUGGUCAAAAAUAUUCUGACUGGAUCUAACUUAUUGAAUUCGAACACAAUGAGCAAUGUUCCAUACAGCUUGAGAUUGAAAGAUGAUCUCUCAUUAUACAAAGAUGCAUAUUCAACAUUUUCUACUAUCUCUGGUGCUGGUACUAGAUGAAAUUUUGUUUUUAUAUAUUUUCUAAUUAUUUUAUUUAUUUCCUCAAAAUGAUGUCAAACUAAUAUUUACAUAUUCGCAAUAUACGCCUUAAGAUUAUAGUAUA